AUGGCGCAACCACGCAAUAACCCGUUCGCGAGGACAUCGCCGGGUCCAAGCAACGGCCGGCCGAAAUCCGCAGUCUUCUCCUCACCAUCCCCGCUAUCUGCCGUAUCGACUCCCACGAACAGCGGCUCUGGAACCUUUGCGCCCUCCUUCAUCAAGACGGAGGAGAUGCGCAGGGGCUCUGACACAGUCAGGGGCAUAGAGGGCGAAAACGACUUCUCUGGAAAGCGAUACGUGUGGCUUAAAGACCCCCAGGUCGCCUUUGUCAGAGGCUGGGUUGUCGAAGACUUGGCAGACAACAGGAUACUCGUCCAGUGCGAUGAUGGCACACAACGAGAAGUCGACGCCGAAAGCGUUGACAAGGUCAAUCCCGCCAAGUUCGACAAGGCAAACGAUAUGGCCGAGUUGACACAUCUGAACGAGGCAUCCGUCGUCCACAACCUGCACAUGAGAUACCAGGCCGACCUGAUCUACACCUACUCCGGCCUCUUUCUGGUCACAGUCAACCCCUACUGCCCGCUGCCCAUAUACACGAACGAGUACAUCAACAUGUACAAGGGGAGGAGCAGGGAAGAUACCAAGCCUCACAUCUACGCCAUGGCUGACCAGGCUUUCCGCAAUCUGGUAGACGAAGGUGAAAACCAAAGCAUUCUCGUCACCGGUGAGUCCGGUGCGGGUAAAACAGAGAACACGAAGAAGGUCAUCCAGUACCUUGCAGCAGUAGCGCAUUCCGAAUCGCCGGUCAAGAACAAGUCACAACAGUCAAAUCUUUCUCAACAAAUCCUGCGUGCCAACCCGAUCCUCGAAGCCUUCGGAAACGCCCAAACAGUGCGAAACAACAACUCCUCGCGAUUUGGAAAGUUCAUUCGUAUCGAGUUCAACAAGGCCGGUGCCAUCUCGGGCGCAUUCAUUGACUGGUACCUCCUGGAGAAGUCUCGUGUUGUGAGAAUCAACAGCCAUGAGAGAAACUACCACGUCUUCUACCAGCUGCUCAAGGGAGCUGACAGAAAGAUGAAGUCUGAGUUCCUGCUUGACGGUCUUGACGUCGAAGACUUCGCAUACACCCGUGCCGGCCAUGACACAAUCGUUGGAGUCUCUGAUCGCGACGAAUGGGACUCUUUGAUGGAGGCCUUCCAUAUCAUGGGCUUCUCAGACAAGGACCAGAGCUCCAUUCUCCGUACCAUCGCAGCCGUGCUCCAUCUCGGAAACGUAACCGUUGUGAAGGAGAGCCGUGCCGCGGACCAGGCCAGAUUAGCGCCCGAUGCCAAGGAACAGGCCGCCAAGGUUUGCAAGCUUCUCGGAGUUCCUCUUGAGCCGUUCCUGCAAGGCCUUCUUCAUCCCAGAGUCAAAGCUGGCCGUGAAUGGGUUGAGAAGGUCCAGACCCCAGAACAAGUCCGUCUCGGAUUGGAUGCUCUGUCCAAGGGUAUCUAUGAAAGAGGUUUUGGCGAUCUUGUCACCCGCAUCAAUCGCCAGCUGGAUAGAACGGGGAUGGGCCUGGACGAUUCCCGCUUUAUCGGCGUGCUGGAUAUCGCCGGUUUCGAGAUCUUUGAACAGAACAGCUUCGAGCAGCUUUGCAUCAACUAUACCAACGAGAAGCUUCAACAAUUCUUCAACCAUCACAUGUUCGUGCUUGAGCAGGAAGAAUACGCUAGAGAACAGAUUGAGUGGCAGUUCAUCGACUUUGGACGCGAUCUGCAACCGACGAUCGAUCUGAUCGAGCUCUCCAACCCCAUUGGUAUCUUUUCUUGCCUGGACGAAGACUGUGUCAUGCCCAAAGCUACGGACAAGUCUUUCACUGAGAAGCUCAACUCAUUGUGGGACAAGAAGUCAAACAAGUACCGGCACUCGAGACUCGGUCAGGGGUUUAUCCUGACGCAUUACGCCGCCGAAGUCGAGUAUUCCACCGAUGGGUGGCUGGAGAAGAACAAAGACCCGCUGAACGAUAACAUCACUCGCCUCCUUGCUUCUUCCACCGACAAGCACAUCGCUGACCUGUUUGCUGACUGUGCCGACAUGGAUGAUGACCUCGGGGCUAGCCGCAACAGGGUCAAGAAGGGCCUAUUCCGCACCGUCGCCCAGCGUCACAAAGAGCAGCUUCACAGUCUCAUGGCCCAACUGCACUCUACCCACCCUCACUUCGUCCGUUGUAUCCUGCCCAACCACAAGAAGAAGCCCAAGCAGUUCAAUAAGUUGCUUGUUCUCGACCAGCUGCGAUGCAAUGGUGUUCUCGAGGGUAUCCGUAUUGCUCGAACUGGAUUCCCCAACAGAUUGCCCUUUGCCGAGUUCCGUCAGCGUUACGAGGUUCUCUGCAGAGACAUGCCCAAGGGCUAUCAGGAAGGCCAGGCUGUAGCGGCCAUGAUGCUUGACAAGCUUGGCCUUGACAAGGGACUGUACCGGGUGGGUCUUACGAAGGUCUUCUUCAGAGCAGGUGUCUUGGCCGAGUUGGAAGAGCAACGCGACGCUCUAAUCACCGAGAUCAUGGCACGAUUCCAGUCAGUUGCUCGCGGCUACAUCCAGCGUCGCAGUGCGUACAAGAGGCUGUUCCGCACGGAAGCCACUCGGAUUAUCCAGAAAAACUUCAACGUCUAUCUCGAUCUCAUGGAGAACCCUUGGUGGCAGCUCAUGACGAAGAUGAAGCCUCUGCUCGGUGCUACAAGAAGCGCAACUGAAGUGAAAAAGAGGGACGCAAUGAUCCGCCAGCUGCAAGACAAGAUGCACCAAGAAGCCAACGACCGCCAGAAGCUCGAAGAGGAGAGGCGGAACGUUCACAACGAGAUGAUCCGUAUCCAACAGACGCUGGAGAGCGAACGUGCUCUUGCGCUGGACAAGGAGGAAAUCUUCAAGCGUUUGCAACUCCGGGAAACCGAGCUGGAAGAGAAGCUCUCUGGCGCUAUUGAUGACCAAGAGAGGCUAGAAGACCAGCUUGAUGACUUACUGGAAGCCAAGAAGCGAGCCGAGCAGGAUGUCGAGAAGUACCGUGCCCAGCUGGAACAAGCCGCUCUUCUCAUUGCGAGACUCGAACAGGAGAAGUCAGACCUUUCUGCACAGACGGAGGAGCUGGAGCGCUCCAUCGAGGAGAUCUCCAAGAAGCAAUCUGAGCGCAGCGAGCAGGAGAAACGUUUGGAGGGUGAGAUCAAAAUGCUUCAAAGCCAGCUCAGCCUCAAGGAUCGCAAAGCCCGAGACUUGGAGGAUAAGCUUCUGAAAAUAGAUCAGGAUCUCGAAGUCAAGUUGCGAACAGCGCAGAAAGAACUGCAAACAUCAAAGUCAAGAGAGUCGCAGCUUGCCCUCGAAAAUCGCCAAGUCCAGCAGCAGUUGUCCGAGCUCUCCAAGACCUCAACAGAUUACGAAGAUCUUAUCACCAAGAAGGAGAGUGAGCUUGCCCUUCUUCGAGGAGACAACAAGAAGUACGAGAUGGAGCGACGCACAUUCGAGGACCAGAAGAAGACACUUGCUGCGGAAAAGGAGACUGCCUCUUCUAAGUUGCGUGAUGUUCAGGCCGAGCUUACUGCCAUCAAGUCACAGCAAUCUCAGCUCGAGAGAGAGGCUGAGGAUGCCAAAAAGCUUCUUGAAGCUCGACUUUCGGAAGACGCGCAAGCUGAUGAGAACCGUCAGGUCCUGGAGGCGCAGAUCAAGGAUCUCAAGGAUGAACUCUUCAACGUCCAGAAGGAACUCAGCAGAGAGCGUCAAUCCCGCGACGAUGUCUUGCUACUUAGCGAGCAUAAGUACAACGCUCUCCAAGAGGAGUAUGACGACUUGAAGGAGUCCAAGAUCAUUAUCGAAAAGGAGCUCUACGUGCAACAGGACCAUUUGCGCCGGACCAAGGAGGCCCGCGAAACAGCCGAGAAGGAACGUGACGAGGCGCGUCAGGAAAUCAGACGCCUCCGUAUCGCCAAGACUCAGGCCGAGGAAGCUCGCGUACAAGCGGAGGUAGAAGGGGAAAGAGCUGCUGCUCGUGCUGCCCGUGAAAGGGAAGAGAGCCUACGCAAAGAUUUGGAUGCUGCUCACGAACGCCUGAAGUGGUUUGAUGACGAGUGUGCCAACUUGAACCACCAAAUCGAGGACUUGAACAAGUUGAUACUCGAAUCUGGAGAGUUCGGUCUGAAAAACGAUCAAGAAAAGGACCGACUCGAGCGCGAAUUGGUCACCGUCAAGGGCCGUCUCAAGGCAUCCGAGAACGACAAUCGUGCCCUUCUCAACAAAUUACAACAAAAGGGACUCGAGAUUGCACGCUCAAGCUCGAGGGCCAGCGAGGCUUCGAGAGGCCAAGUUCUGGGUCUUCAGAAGGAGAAAAAUCGCCUGGAGGAGCAGAACGCUGUAUUGAACAAACAGUUUGGCGACGCACAACUCACCGUCGCUGGUCUCGAGAAGAAGGUUGAGAAGUUGCAACUUGACGUGGAAGACCUGAACCAUGAGGUGGCCCGGGAAGCUAAGACCUCGAGGAACGCCGAGAAGACGACGUCGACACUCACGGUACAACUCGCUGAAGCGAACCGGACCGUUGAAUCGGAACGCCACCAGCGCACCCAAGCGCAAGCCAACGUCCGCACUCUGCAAGCAACCAUGGAGGCUAGGGAGCAGGAGCUGCAGGAGUUGAGGGCUCAAAUGCUCAGCGUGCUCAAGACGGUCGAUCCCGAGGUUGUGAUCCCGCCUCAAGCGGACGGCGCAAACGAGGGAAUGCUGACCAAAAACUUCGAUCUGGUUAGAAAGGUUGAGGAUCUUCAGCAGAACCUCAGAGUGCAGACUGCUGCCCGCACGAAUGCCGAGGCACAGCUGGCUGAGCUGCGGUCGAACAGAGGAUUUGACUCUCCUAUGAGACCGAAACUCGAGGAGAUUAGUCCUAACGAGGCCCCUUUCAAUGGCUCGCCUACCUUCAGACGGUCAAAGAUGCAGAACCGCCAACUCUCCAACACUUCCACUCCCACUCGACGAUUCGAGCCAGAGCCCUUUGACUCGGCUCGUUCAAACAAGACCGUCGACAUUGUCAGCUUCAACGAUCGUAUGGACCUCAAGACUGAGAUCGAGGAGCUACGAAACCAGCUCGAAAUCGCCAAGUUACAGAACGAUGAACUCCAGAAGAAGGCCAACAACACGUCUUCGCCGCCAGAGGAUUUCGACCAGAACAACUCGUUGCUUCGCAUGCAGAAGCUCGAGAAGGUUAAUAGUCGCCUGCACGACAUGCUGGAUGACUCUGCUAAGAAGGUGUCGGCUUUGGAGCGGAGUGUCAGAACCGGCGAGCUCUCUCUGCGCGACAUCCAGACCCGAUCCCACGAGGAGAUUCUUGACGCACUCAACAGCCAAGAGGAGGCGCGUAGAUCUCUCCUGCAUAGCCAUAGGGAUGCUAUCUCUGAACUUUCGGACGUGAAGAACCACUUUGAGAAGAUGCGCCACGAUCGUGCUGCCAUUGAAGUUGAGCUUCGCGACACCAGGUCCGAGCUUGAGGAGAUGUCGAUGGCUCGAGAACAGGAGGCGGACAGCCGCAGCCAGCUUCUGCAGGAGUUCUCCGAUCUGCAGAUUCGUCUCGACACCGAGACUUCUAAGCUCGCUGAUGUUACGUCCAGCUUGCAUCUGUACAAGAGCCGAGCCGACGAGUACUUCAGUAAACUCGAGGCAGCGGAGAUUGCGGUACUCAAGGCUAGCCGGGCGGAGCAGUUUGCAAGGACUCAGGCUAAGGAAGCAGAGGAGACGUACGCUGAGAUCAUGUCUGAGAGAGAAAAGAUGGACGCUGCUCUUGAGGACCUCCAGCGCCAGAAUCAACGGCUCGAGGAGAAGCUCGAGGAUAUGUCAACCGAUCUGGAAACCACUACUCAAGCAAAGAAGCGUCUCCAGCACGAGCUUGAGGACUACAGGAACCAGAGAGCAAUCGACAUCGAGGACAAGGAAUUGAGUAUGGAGCAGACCCGCAAAAAGUACCAGGCCGAGUUCGCCACCUUGACCAAGGAAUUGGAUCUGGCCCGGGAAGAGAAGCUCUUUAAGCAGGCUGAAAUUGCUCGCCUGCGCGAAGAACUCGACGAGCUCCGCUCUAAGUGGGACGACGAAGUUCUGAACAGCUCGACCUGGUCCAAGGAGAAGGCACGCCUUGAGUCAACUCUAGCUGACGUCGUGUCCUCGCGCGACGAGGCCGUCAAUGCCCACAGCGAAGCCCAGGGCAAGAUCGUCACACUUCUUUCGCAGGUCCGAUCCCUCCGCGCGUCCGUUGACGAUAUCACCUCUGAGCGCGACACCCUCGUGCGCGAGAAGCGGAACAUUGAGGCUCGCCUCGAAGAAGCUAAGGCUGGCCUUGAGGAUCUCACCAACGGCGACAGCCCGUCUCUGCGUGACGCGGCGAACCUUGAUAAGGAGAUGUUGGAGCUGAAGUCAAGCUUGGCUCAGCAGGAGGACAUCGCGGCGGCUGCGGUAGAGAAGAUGAGACGCGCCGAGUCCUUGGCUUCCGAGAUGCAGAAGGAGGCAAUGGUUGAGCGCGAGAACAGCUCUCAGCUUCAGAAGGAUAAGGCUUCCCUCGAGAAGUCAUUGAACGAGAUCCAAAUCAGGCUUGUUGAUCUCGAAACCAAGGGCUAUUCCAGCGCAAGUCACGAUAUCAAGUUCCUCCACAAGCGAAUUCAAGAGCUCGAGUCCCAGCUUGAGGACCAAGAGAAUGAACGAACCAAGUCUCAGCGAUCGGUCCGCAACGUCGACCGAAUCGUCAAGGACCUCCAGGGCCAGAUCGAUCGCAAGGACAAGCAGAACACGCAACUGCAGGACGACGUGUCCCGCAUGCGCGACAAGGUCGAGAAGCUUCUGCAGACAAUCGAGGAUCUCCAGUCCUCCGAGUCUGAAAUCCAGCUGUCGACCCGCCGUGCGGAGAGGGAGCUUCGCGAGGAGAAGGAGAAGUCUCUCCGUCUCGAGCGCGAGAUUGAGAACAUCAAGGCUCUGAGAAUGGAGAAAGGCGCCGCUUCUCAGAUGGGAAGCGUUCGCGGGGCGUGGCGUACGGGGUUUAGUAUUGAUGACGAGACCGCCUCCAUGAUCUCAGUGCCCAAGCGCAAGAGCAGCCUUAGCCGGGCUCCUAGUAUGACGAAGGGCUUCUUGUAA